AUGGAAUUAAUCGCAAAUGAGUCGGACGAAUAUCUACCAAGUGACGACUCGGAUGAUUUUUCGGAUGAGGAUGUGCGAACCAAUAGGUGGCACGGUCCCAAGUCUACAUGGCAGCAGUUCAACCACCAGGAAAUUGAUACAUUAACAGCACUUAAGGAAAUCCGCGAUCGAGACUUAUCAGUUCAUUUAUAUAACGCAUUUGCGCUUAAGCAGGGGCAUAAGAAAGCGCAAGACGGACCCGUGCCUAAUAAGGAUAUCAAUAAGGCAACCGGACACCCAGUUCAGCCGGACGACUGGCUGCCGCAACGAGCAUGGACGGCUUGGCCUAUGCGUGUGGACAAGGUUCCACCGCCGCAGGAUAGUGCGAGGACCCUACUGAAUGAUCGGGAUGAGGUGUUUACGUUGAGAAAGGCCGUUCGCGACAUGCCGAGCACAGCCCUGGAAGAGAUUGUCGGUGCAGAAAUUUUAAGAACUGCUAAAGAGAAAUUCAACGCUAGGCCUUGGAUUAAGCCGGACGUCUCUGCUGAUGAGGAGGGAGGCUCAGAAUCGCAAGAAGGUAUCAACGGCGAAGAUUCAGAUGGAGAGACGGAAGCCUCGACUGCAUCUAGACGUAAGGAAUCUAGGUCCAGGUCCAGGUCCAAGUCUGUCAAGCUUGAGGGUGCGAGCGGAGAUGAGAAGAUGGAGGUUGACGGGCGUAAACCCGAGACCGAUGCUACUAGCAAACCGCAUAGGAAACCACGCUUUGCACCGACAGUUUCGACGGACGACGACCUAUCCUACAGUCUUUUGCGCCCAUCUGUUCGGCAUAUUCUCACCAAGCUGGAUGCAACACUUACCAUUCUCCACAACACCCAGGAAUCAGCUCUUAAUUAUCAAUCUGACUCGGCGGAUUCGGAAGCAUCAGACUCCUCGCACCCCGGCAGUCGUAAGUCGCGAUCUAGACCGGGCUCGCAGGCCCCAACCGAUGAAAAAAGGCGUCGGGGGAGGCCGCUCGGAUCCUUAUCUCAGAAUCGGUCUCGCGGGCGGUCGGAAGUUCGGGAGGCGACAGCGGCAGCAGCAGUAGCAGCGGAAGAAACCGCGCCGCAGACUGAGGAGCAGGAAAAACCCGCGAGGAAGCGCGGCAGGCCGAAGAAAGCGUACCCUCGGCUCGACGGCGAGACCGAUCGAGAGUACACCAUCCGCAUCGCGAGGUUGCAGAAAAAGCCGAUCCCCAAGUUCUCCGACGAGCCCGCCGAACGCGCAGUAGCAGAAGAAGAAGACCCGGCGGGAGAUAGCGGCAACUCGGGCGACGCGGAGGAGACUGCUGCCGAGGCGGCUCGUGGGCACUUAGCACGGCGGAAGAAGAACAAGAAGAAGGAGAAGGAGGCCAAUAAUAAAGCAAGCCGGUCUCCCUCCCAAGCCUCAUCUGCUUCUGGGGGCAAGCCCCGCAAUGCUCAAAGGUCCGGACAUUCCAGAACACGUCUCGGCCUGCGAGACUGGAGAGACGUUCUCGGCGCCGCAGCGCUGGCUGGGUUUCCCGCGGACGCGGUCGACCGCGCAGCGAGGCGGUGCGCCGACCUCUUCGGCCAGAGCAUGACGCUGCACACCCUCCCCGAGGGCCCGGCUGCCUCGUCAUCGGGCCGGAAAGCGCCCCUGGGCAGGGCAACUACGUAUGUGCCCGGAAUGCCGCGGCCGCCCUUACUCGACGAGGAGGAAGAAGAAGAAGAGGGAGAGGGAGAGAAGCAGCAGCGACGUAUCCGCGCUACGAGCAUGGCGGCGCCCAGCGCUACGUCCGAAGACGAAGCGGGCCCGUCGCGGACAGGAGGCGGUGCACGCAGUUGUUCGCGGUCGCGAUCCGUGUCCGCGGCGCCGGGAUACUUCACGUGUUCGUUCCCGGACUGUCCGCGAGCGGCGGCGGGGGAAGGGUUCCUGCGUCGGUACAACAUGCUGCGGCACAUGAAGCUAGUGCACGGGUAUACUGCGGGGGCGGGGGCGGCGUCGGAAAGGGGCAGCGGAGACGAAGCUGCUGCGGGGACGGGGGUGGGGACGGGGACCGCGAUGGGCGCGGGUAUGCCGGAGGAGAUGGACAGCGAGGACGAGAUGUACGGUGCCGUGCACGUCGAUUGGUUCCUGCGGCCGAUCAAGAUUCGUCGCGGGUGGCGGGCAAAUGAUAUCAAGGAGGAUUCUAGGACUAGAAGGAGCGGGUAUGGGCGUGCACGGGGGAGAAGUCGGGGGAGAGAAGGGGAUACUGGUGGUAAGGACGGCGAUGGGGAUACGAGGAUGGGGGAAUAG